GCUUCUGCACGUAUUUUGUCUAUGUAGUCUGUUUCUGGUUCUGUCUGCUAGUGUCAUUUAGUGGAGAUGUGCUGCUGAGUGUUUUUCUUUGUUAGUGUGCAUUUAGCAACACAUUAGUAGGGAUUUAAGCCAUAUUUUCAAGUAAGUUCUCACCAAGACAAUGGGCUCUGUAUGGAAACGACUACAGAGGGUGAACAAACGAGCAGCUAAAUUUCAGUUCACAGUUUCAUACCAUCAAAUUACAGUUGAAACAACAUCAAAAUGGAAACCAAACCGCUUGAGUAUCAUAUGGACCAGGAGAAGUAGGAGAGUGUAUUCAGAGGCUUUGCCUUGGGAACCAACGAUGAAAGAUCCCUUGCGAGGAUUGGUCGUGUGGCCUGUGCCAGAGAAUAAAGAAAUAUCUGUCACCUUGUUCAAAGAUCCUCGUACACAAGAACUGGAGGACAAAGACUGGACGUUCGUUCUUGAAGACGUUGCUACAACUGGUAAGAGACGACAGCUCGCCGUCGCCAACAUCAACAUGCGGAAGUACGCCAGUGUGGAGUCCACACAGCAUCAGCUGAACCUCAUUCUCAAGCCGACCACCAAGAAAAUAAACUCGGCUACUUUGGAAUGUACAUUGUCUUGUGUCUUUUUGAGAGAGGGAAAAGCAACUGAUGAAGAUAUGCAGAGUAUGGCCAGUUUGAUGAGUACCAACAACAACAGCGACAUUGCUCCACUCGAUGAUUUUGACGAAGAAGAUGAUGAGGGCUCUCUGAAGCACAGCCUACACGAAGUGUCAGAUCUGACAAAUCAGUUGGAUAUGCUGACAAACAGCCUGAGCGGGUCAGAGUUCGCAAGUACUCCGAUGAGUGUUGCAAGUUUGAGAGAAGAACUAACUCCUUUAGCUGGAGACGAGAAAGGUUUUCCUCAGAUCAGUGAUGUGAACGUGUUGCAUCCUGAAGACUCUAGCACUUGCCCUACCAGUUUCAUUGACAACCAGCAGCCGAAGAAUGUGCGACUUAUGUUACAACCCCUCAAUUUAAAAGAGGCCGAGGAAAGCCAGCCCCAGCCUACCAAACUGCAGGACAGUACGCCAGGUCAGGACCUGCUGGAGUGGUGCAAGGACGUGACCAAGGACUAUCCUGGGGUCAAAGUCACCAAUCUCACCACCUCCUGGAGGAACGGCCUGGCGUUUUGUGCCGUCAUUCACCAUUUUCGUCCAGAUCUCGUAGAGUUUGACUCGCUGACCGCUCACGAUGUGAAGGGGAACUGCAAGAAAGCGUUUGAUGCCGGCGAGGCACUGGGCAUACCGAGGGUAAUCGAACCUGCGGACAUGGACAUGCUCACUGUCCCGGACAAACUAGCCGUCAUGACGUAUCUCUAUCAGUUGCGAGCACAUUUCACAGGACAUGAACUGGAGGUCCAGCAAAUCGGCAAGACAACUGAUGAGUCCUCGUACAUGAUUGGUCGGUUCAGUACAGACACGGACACCGAUGUCACGGUUCAGCUGUUCGGUCAGGAGAUCAUGAAUCUCCGGUCCAAGAGAGAGGGCUCUGAGCAGAAAUCUGUUACAAACAGUUGGAGCCGAAGUAUUGAUUCAUCAGAAGGAGAGACAGAGCGGGAGAGUCUUCGCAGCACAUUGCGGCUAAAACUGCCCCUGGUGUCGGAUAUAAGCGACUCCGGCGAGAAAUCCCCAUCAUCUGUCAAAGAUGUAAUAUUCGCUAGUUCCAAGAGUAUAUUGGGCAAAGUGCUUUCUCCAACUAAGGAAAAAUACACAAACAGAGAAAAAAGCAAGUCUCCCGUGAACUCCGGAUCCAGACCUGUACUGAUGACCAGGAGACAGUUGACGGACCCUUUUGGAUCAGACGAGGAGGAAGAAAUAAACCAACAAAAAGCUGACAACGAACCAGGAAAUAAAGCUCCACCUUCACAAAUAAACGAGGGGGUGAUCAACUCUAACAACGCAACACGCAACAACAGCAGAGAGGGCUCAGAGACUCGCUCACUCACACAUUCUCUGAGCAACGAUCUGGGACCUAAAGGCCCGAGGGGAGGGGGAGGCAACCGUCAUGAGGAGCUGAGGGAGCGCGCCAGACAGCUGUUGGAGCAGGCGAGAAGGGACGUGGCUAAGAACUCACAACCUACUUCACCUGUACAGGCGGAGGAGGAGCGCCAACAGCAGUUGCGGGAGCGUGCGCGGCGUCUGAUAGCUGAGGCUAGGCUGGGUGUCGUCACCUCCCCUUUCUCUCCCAGCAAAGAAAAUACACCAAGUGAUAAGUCUAGUGAGCACAGUUCUCCGCUGCAUUUAAAAUCUCCUUCAAAAGGUGACAAUGAAGAAAACACACCCCCUUGGGUCUUGAACAACAAGGAAGAAAACGUUACAAAACCCGUUGUAAAUUCACCUCUUCACUCUUUCACUUCGUUAAUGGAGAGAAUAUCACCAGAGAGACAGCCUCGAGGGCUUGGAAAAGACGUGAUCAACUACAUUCAAAAUGAACUAGAGGCGUUAGAACGAGAACAGAAACAAAUUGACAAACAAGCUGCCAUAUUAGAAAAAGAAAUUCGGAAAGUGAUGGAAACAGGUACUGACAAAGACAGAGAAGAAAGUCUGAUGGCAAAAUGGUUUACUCUAGUCAACAAAAAGAAUGCCCUGCUCAGAAGACAAAUGCAGUUAAAUAUACUAGAGAAAGAAGAUGACUUAGAAAGAAGGUUCGAACUUCUCAAUAGGGAACUUAGAAGUAUUUUAGCAAUGGAAGACUGGCAGAAGACAGAAGAACAAAAGCUCAGAGAGAAUCUCCUACUGGCUGAAUUAGUUAAUAUAGUAAAUAAGCGGGACGAACUUGUGCAUCAUUUGGAUUCCCAAGAAAAAGCUAUCGAGGACGAUGACAAGAUCGAGAGAGACCUCAGCCGAGUGGGGGUGAUACACCGCAACCACAACUGUGUGCUACAAUGAGAACGCUAUCAUCUUGUGUCCCAUUAAUUGUAACAAAUCAAAAGUUACUGUCUUGAUGUAUGUAUUCCACAUUGGAAGUAUAUUAGUAAUAAUCAAAACAAUAAUCUAGGACCUCCUUUGUUAAUCCAAACCUUUCUCAUCAAAAAUUUUAUACUUCCCGCGACAUGACAUUUAUUUUAAGGCGAAAAGAAGCAAAAGUUUGUAAAUUUUGUUAUCGUUGUUGUUAUGUGUGUUUCAUUAGUUGACGAUUUACAGGGUAACAUUUAUAAGUUUAGUGUUUUGUUUAUUGAGUUAGUCGAAAAUCAAUCAAACAGUUUUGCAUUGUUCUUAUGUAAGUAUUUAUUAACCACAAUAAGGGCAACAAGUGUAGAAAUAAUGAUUUUGGUACUUGAAAAAAGUAGUACAAAACUAAGUUGUGAAGAGUGGUUGUAGCCAACCAUGAAUAAAAUAGUUUUCAACUCAACGGCUUAUUAAAUACAUACAUUAUAAUAUUUCUGUUUGAGGAUGUUAUAUAACUAACAAGAACAAGAAAAGUUGAAAGUACCAAGAUUACAUCUUGCCAUUGGACAGAAAAGUUGUGAAAAAGUUACUUUGCUUACCGUAUCAUAGUUCUACAUCAUAAUAUAGCUUUUCCUUCUAAAAGAAAAAGUGUUUACUUGUAAUUAAUACCAUAAUAAAUAGUAGAUAAUAUAAAAUAUACAUCAUUUAACAUAAUACUCAAACUAAUUUAAAAAAAUAAACUAACAUUUUAAUUUAUAUUUAAACAAAGUCAGUGAGUAAUGUUUUGUCCUCUAUGACUGCUUCUGUGUGAUAAAAUUAUGGUACCAAUUAAGUGCAAUGAUAAGGAAUUUAUUAUGGAUUUAGUAACUAUAUUGCUAGUUGUAUUUUUUUUAACUACUGUUUUGUGUGUUUCGUUGUAUCUUCAGUUGUCGUAGAGACAAUUUUGCUAAAGUUCAAAAUAAUAUUAAAAAUAGAGUAUACCCGUUUUGUUGGUGAAAUAGUGUAGAUGUGUUCAUUUUAUUUUUUUAAACAUUUUGUUAACUCACUGGCCUACUUUAAUAAUAGUAAAAAAAUGUAUUUUUAAAAUAAUUAAGAAUUGCAUUAUUAAAAUAUUAAUUCAACCCGCGAUUGUUUACAAUUGCAGUCUGAUACGCACCCGGCUUUUGGAAAGCGCGUUGUAUGCCCGUUAGGCAAUAUCCAUUUACUUAUUGCUUUUUUAUUAUUUGCCUGUCUUGGGUUUUGUAAAAUUUGAUUCUGCACUUAAAUAAAUACCUUACACUAUCGUGUACCCUGUCAGGCGCACGAUUCUUUAAGUUUCAAGGUAAAUUAAUUCUUUGGGUACUCUUUGGGGUACAUGUAAAAACAUAUUGAAAUCUUUUUUUUUAAUUUGCGAAAUCUACAUACAUUUUUCAUUAUUCUUAGAUGUUUAAUGUUAAAAAAGAUUACGGUUUUGAAAAAUAUAAAAAUUUGAUGGCAAUUUAAAAAGUCCUAAAAUAAGCCGUCGUCAUGAACAUUUUAAUUGGUGAAAUAUCUCUCUGGAAGUUUAAGUCAGAAGUAGGCCAAUGGUUUAACACAAUUAUCUCACUAUGACAGUUAGCCAUUAUAAUUGUUUUGUCUUCUAGUCAUGGAAAGAGACAUUUGUUGAAUGAGACCAAUUUUUGCUGUUUAAAGUUCCUUCACCAUGCAGACAGACGUGCUAAGUUGUAAGUGCUAGUUACAAGUAUUCAUGAAGUUGCUUCUUUUAAGCAAUUAAUUUUUUUGUAAAAAUCUGUUUUUCUAAUUAAUUGCCUGAUUGAUAACAAUUUGUGUGUCAUACUUAUAGUUUAAUUAUGCUGAGAUUUUUGUACACAAAAAAUUAUUUGUUGAUGCAUGUUGUUACAAAAUUGAAAUGUUAUACGUUGUCUCCAAUUUUAAGAAGUGUUAUUUUCAUUUCCAUCCUAGCAUUAUAUUGUAUAUUUAAAGUACACAAAUAUUAUCAAGCAAUGUUUGGUCGUGUUGGACGAUAGAAAGGGGAUGACUGGGAUGAUUGUACCUUUGUUUAAUUUAAUUAAUUCAUUAUGUUAUUAGCUUCUUGUAAUAUAAUAUAAUUAAUGCACUUUUUUUGUCAUGCAGCUAUGAGACCACAACAAUCAUAAGGAUUACUUACAUACAGUUUAACAUCCUUGCAACUCUUAUAACUACACCAUAAUUAAUUGUGUAAUAGUGGUUUAGGUUUGCGCAACCAUCACAUUAUGAUUGCCUUAACGAACAGGAUUGAAAUGAGGUACGACACGAGUUGAAGCAGAAUGUUCCAAACACGAACCAUAAAAAACUAUUACAUAAAGCUUUCAAGAACUGUAAUGUUGGCAUCAUUGUAGGUUAACCACAGUUCAAGACAGUUGAACAGUUGAUUGUAAUGGAACAACAACCUAUAAAUUGCCUUAUGAAAUUAACACAAUACAAGAUUUUAAUACUUUCAAAAGUAAAUUAAAAUCAUUGAUGCUGAGAAAGUUUCUGUGUGCAAUAGAGAAACUUUUUGAUUAACGUAAUUUAAAUGUAUGUUUUAAUUAGCCUUUUAAGUUUGCAAUAUAAUUUUCAUAAAUUUUAAACAAUCUGUUUUACAUUAUUAAUUGAUUAUUAUUUGUUGACAAUUUAAGUAAGCACUAUUGUAAAAAAAAGAGAUUCAUGAAGGCCUAGCGUACUUUUGGUCUUCAUAAAUUAUUUUUGAAAACAUUUUGUGCAUAUAUUAUCUUGAAACAUUUUCCAAAUAUAUAUAUUCUUAAUGUUUUUAUAUUCUGUACAUGUUGAAAUUUGAAUAGCGGAUUUGAAUAGAAUUGAACUGCUGUUUGUAUCAUAUUAUUUAAUUUAGUUUAUUACAUUUCUGCCGGAUAUCAUUCAAUUGUCUUUUCCAGUUAUUUGACUGCACAAACUAACCAAAUAAUUUUAUUUGUUAAGGAUGGCUAGGUUGAUUAUUGCUCUUGUUUUUAUUGGUUUCAUCUAUUGUAUGUUUGGAACAACUGAUAAGUUUUCACAUACAACUGUUGUUUUUACUGUCUAACAGUUCUUUUACAUUACAUAUAAUUAUGAAACGUGAAUCUGACAUGAUUCUGCAACUUCAUAAGGUGUUGUAGAUAAAAAAUAAUUACACGUCAUCUAAACGCAAUUACUCAUUAUUAAAAUUUUGACCAAUACAGGUAAAAAUAUUUAUUACUGAAAUAAAUACAUACUCUCUUAGAAAACAUUAGAAUAAAGGGAUAAAAAUGUUGAAGCAAUUGACCAUUUAAAAUAAAUCAGAUCAUGAUCUCGCACCAGUGUCAUUGCAAAUUUUUGAUAACAGCAGACUUCAACUGAGGCAAUAGAUUACUGUUUAAACUUAUGAAAUUCUUGAUGUAUAGAAUGUUUAGAUGCUCUACUUGUAAUGGUGGUUUGUAUGGGAGUUGUUGUGGUCUCAUCGAUAGAUAGUUAGACACAACUAGUGUAAAUAUCCUGCGUGUUCCUUACAAGUAAGAAGUACUGAUCAAUUACUUUGUGUGCUUCUGAGUGAUAAUUAGCGAUUAAAUUUACGUUAGUGAGUAAAUUAUUUAAAUAAAGCUUUAAUAGUUUUGCGUCUAAUUGUUAGAAUAUUGCCUUCAAUUUUGUAGUUAAGAUAUGGAAUAUUUUUUGUUACUCUUAGCCAUAUGUGUAUAUAGAGUGUAAUAUCGCUUGUGUACAGUCGACUCGGAGGAGAGUGCGCAGCACAAAUCUGUAUAGUUGCUCAGAGUUAACAUCUGGUUUUUUAAUUAUUUUUAUAAGCAAACCUUAUAUAUUACAGUUGACCUUAAGAUUUGUCGUAAUAAGUUGCAUGUGUUAAAUUAAGGAUCAGUGCACACAGGUGGUCUGUGUGAGAGUGUAGCAAUAGAGGAUCAUUUUAUUUUGUGACACAAUUAUAAACUGUUAUUUGAACCUCCAAGUCAACGUUUUGGUUGUUAAUUUUGUCACUAAACAAAAGUAUUCAUACCUAUAUAAUGCAAAUUUUAAGUAAUUUUUAUUGUAUAAGAAAAGUAGUCUUUCAAAAUCUAUGUGAAAUAACUUUUCGGUUUUCAAAAGAUUGUCUUACAUUUGUAAAAAUAAGAUAUUUGUAAAGAACAUUUUGAGUGGUACUUAUUAUUGAUCAAUUCUAUGAAUGAAAAUAUUUUUAGUUACAUAUACCUAAACAGAUUUUUGGCACAAAAUGUUAAACUUUACCUUUUUUAAAUCUGUUUCUGACAAGAUUCUCCCCGAUGCUAUCUACUUACACUAACUAACCAGCGCUGUACUUCCUCCCAGUGUACUCACCUCACACUGUAUAGUAUUUCUUAGUUAGCAGUUGAUUCUCCGGCUUGUCACCCCGAGUUGAUCCACACCCCUAACUUGAAUCUGUACAUUGGUUAUCUUUUAUGAAUGAAGUAUUAAUUUUGGCCCCAGUUCAUGUUAAUAUUUCAAAAAUAAUUUUGUAAUUUAUUUGCAUUCCGCAUAUAUCUUAGCUGUGUUAUGUUUGUUCUUUACAACUGUUAUCAAGAGCCUCUUUGUUUCCCAUAAAUGAUUUGAAAUUUGAUUUCCAUUAUGACAUUUGUUGCUAGAUAGAAACUGUGCACAAGUACAUGAAUUGUACAUAAUAAACACAUUGUCUAAGUCUCUCAAUCACCAUUGUUUUUUUGCCAAACGCUAAUAACAGAGAUGGUUGUUACUGUGAUUCUUAUAAAUUUAAAUGGUUUCAACGUCACUGUUGUGUUUCAGAUCGUUGUAAGCUACCUUUGGACUCAUUCCAAAACAUUGAAAAUUUGUUUUUAAUUUGUUUUUCCUCUGACUGAAGAUUUAGUAUUGCAUAAUAAGUCAAAAUGUAUAUUUUAUUUAUUUAUUUCUAGUACUAAUUAUAUAAGUGAUACAAAUAUGGCCCAUAUUCUCCAUUUGGUUAUUUAUUUAGAGAAUAAUUGCACUUGGUGUACUCAUUUUCGUACUUUGAAUUUUCACUUGUGCUGAAGUUGUGGCUCAAAUACUUGUGUAUUAUCAUAUUUAUACAAGAAAUAAUGUAUCUAGAGAAGAAAAACUCAUGACGAGUGUGUAAUCUUUAAAGGUUAUUAUUAAAUGAAAACAGGAGAUUUCUGAAGUAAUAAAGUAAUAUUUUACCAAACACAACAAAUUAGUAAAUCAUAAGUUUUUAUCUAUGUGCUAAUGUAAAAUUACAAUUAAAACCAUAUAAAUACAGGUUCCUAAUUAUGUAUGGCAAUUAAAGAUGCCAGUCAUUUACUCAUUGUUCCAAUAUGCUUAUACACUAUGAUUACUAACUGAAUUGUGUUUGAACAAAUGCAACGUGUAAUGUUUCGUCAUUGUAUACUUAUUAAGAGCUUAUUUCUAAGCACUAGAACUGUGCAUUACGAGGUGAUCUUUAAACUUAUAGUAAUUUAAAACUCUAAAAGUAAUACAUUACAUCAAUACUCAUCUGAGGUUAUAUGUAAUACUUUCUAUAGCUCCUUAAUAUAUACAAAUCUGUAAAGUGGUUGAAAAUAAUUUUUUUUAUAAAUAAACUAAUGUCUAAAAGAGACUGAA